AUGUGUAGGGCCGUGGGGAGGGUGGGGGGCCCAGCCGGGCAGGGGGGCCGCGGGGCCACAAGGCCAGGGGGGACGAGGAAAAAGAAUGGGCGGAUGGGGGCGAGGCGGGGGGGUGGGAGGAGGGGCGGAAAGAGAACGACGCGCAAUCCGGGGCGAACGGAGAGACGCGAGGGAAAAGGCGCAAGAGUAUAUGGACAGAGGAGGCAAGGAGGCGAAUGGCCACAGAGAGGGAAAGCCCAGGGAGGGCGACGAGCAGACCCGCACAGCGGGGCGGGGCGAAAGGGCAGGGAGGGGGCAAGGCCCGAGGAGAGGGAAAAGGGGCCGCAGAGCCAAAGGUGUGCACCCGCGCUCAGACCCAGACCCAAAAGGAGCAAUAAAAAGGGGGAGGGAAGGGGGGGAAAGAGUAAAGCCAGGUAA